AUGCCUCCUCCAUCAAGAAUGUCUUCCUAUCAUCAGCGCUUCAUCGCAAACAAGUCCACCUGGACUCACCCUUCACACCGAGGACUCCGCACCUGCCUCAUGACGAUUCCGCCAGAAAUUCGAACCAAAAUCUGGUUACUGACCGAGUCGCUGGUGCCAACCCUACACUACCCCAAAGCGAACCAUUUCGUGCCCAUCGACAACCCCCAAGAGCACCCCGAGCAUUGGCAGCACGCCUUCACUCGCGUCCAAUACGGUCGCAUCAUCUUCGAUACCUCAGGCAAGUACCUCCCACAACCCGCCAUCACUCGCGUCAACCGUGUGCUCCGUAAGGAGACUCUCCGGGUGUACUUUGGCAAUGCAAAGUUUUACAUUACGCGCUUCUUUGGAACGCAGAGUGGAGAGCUCAGUCAUAGGUAUGUCAUGAGGUGGAUUUUUUCCCAGCGCGCUCGUUUGCUUUUGGAGGGGAGUAUUUUGUUUGCGUUGGAUUUUGAUGACGUUGCUGUGAGGCGCACGGUGCGGUGUCUGGGUGUGGGGGUGGUUUGUGAAGAGGGGUUUCGUCUUAAGCCGGAUAAGGCGGCGAGGGUGAAGUACUUGAGGAUCACGAUGGGUGGGGAUAAGGAGAAUCAAGAUCCGGGUGAGGAUUAUGAGUUUGAGGAUGAAUGGAAUAGCGACGUUGAGGAGGAGGAGGAGGAGGAAGAAGAAGAGGAGGAGGAGGAAGAUGAGGAGGAGGAGGAGGAKGAGGAAGAAGAGGAGGAGGAGGAUGAGGAAGAAGACGAGGAGGAGGAUGAGGAAGAAGACGAGGGAGACGAGGAAGAUGCAGAGUAUGARGACGAGGGAGAUGAGGAGGAUGCAGAGUAUGAAGACGAGACAGAAGAAUACGAGGCAAGAGAUGAAGACGGAGAGGGAAGAGCGCAGUGCAGUGGCCGACGCGAGGCUGUUCUACACAGGACCCCGCUACCACCACAGGCCUAUCCAGAGUAUGAACAGUUCCAGCGGGACAUCAGGUGGAAUGCUUAUCUGAUUCAAUGGAAUCGUGGCCGCGAGAAGAAGGAGAGUGCAUUAUGA